CUCUGUGACUCACUUGCUGCCCUGAGAGCCAUUUAAUUAUAGGCAUUGCACCAUUCUGGAAGGAGAGUGAUGAGAGAGGAACAAGGGAGAGAUUGAGAUAGGAAGGUAAAGAUAUCACCCUGGCAUGCCAGUCUUAUAUGCUAAUGCUAAUGUCGAAUGAUUUGUGUUCUCUGCAGAGGGAAUGGGACAGAAACAGGACAAAGUCCCAGCAAAAGAAGGGGUUUCCACCAACAGAGGAGAUGACCAUGAGAUGCUAAACCAGAGUGAGGAAGAAGAGGAGGCCCAGUCUGUACUUAGCAAAGAGGGCAGCAGCAAGAGCUCCGCAGAGUGUCUAACCUCCAGCUUCACCACAGCAGAACAGGAGCAAAUACAAGCGCAUAACUCCUUGCAGGAGGGCUAUUCUGUCCAGAAAUCGAUGACAUAUUUUGAUAACAACAAUUGUAAGGACUCACCCAACCAGGACCAGAAUGUUUUUCACUUGACAACAGAUCCAGGACUGACACCAGCUCAAGGAUUGAGAAGCUUGCAGUCAAAAUCCUUCGCUAAGGACAGCACUGACCUAGAGAACUUUAUUCCAUUUAGCACAACGGAACAGCAACAGGCUGACAGUGCAAAAGGAAUGACUAACAAAACCCUAUCUCAGCCCCAAAAUACCCUGAACUUGCCUGGAAUUUCUUGCCCAACUGAUACAACAGAGGAUGACUUUGUGCUUCUUGAGACUGAUGAUAUCUGGUUCCUAUCACCCAGUCAGCGUGGGAGCAUGACCCGGGAGCAGAGAUCACUAGACAACAUGAAGGAUUCAAAAUGUGAGGGAGACGCCUGUCUCCCUGCACCAGGCAUGAACAUAUCCAAGAACCAAAAGCGCAAUUCAGGCAAAGGUAAGGACAAAACAUUGUACGUUUCUGCUCAUGUACCUGAAUUAGCUCAGAAAGGAUACUCAAGUAAGUAUAGCUCUUCCCAACAAGGCACUCAUUCACUGCUUGAUUCAUGCUUCCCUGACUCUGAAGUUGUUACAGACCCCACUGGUUCAGACAAUGUCCUGGUCCAACUGAAGACUGAAGAGGACUUUGAGCCAAAGGAGCUGAGCACAUUCCACAUGGACUUGAAUCAAAAUGAUACUUUGACUGAUUCCUAUAGCAUGGCAUCUAGCAACCAGGUCAUAACCACACUCAAACAUGGGAAGCAGGCAUCAGCGCUUAUGGAAAAGCACUCAGCAAUUGUGCCGUCUGGGAAUCUUGCCGAGCUGAGGGCUAAAAACAUCCCAGCCACAGUGGAACCUCACAUAGCCAAAGUGGGAGUGUCUGAGGCUCUAUCACUGUGUGUGAAUAAAAACCGUGGACCUGGUUAUCAAACAGAUCUUCAUUCUCCUGCAGAAGAGAGUAAGAUGACCCUGACUGCGGUUCAAGCUGAAGCAAGCAACAGUUCACCAUUGGAUGAACUUGAGGAUACCUGUGGUAGUUCCUUCCCAGGUGACAGGGAGACACAGUCAGCCUCCAUGCAUCGAGAAAAAGAGCCUCUUGAUUUCACUGGUGUGAUCACCCUGCCAGCCCAGAUUCAUACAUUACCUGAGAAACAGGCAAGGGAGUCAUCUGAUGCGUCCCAUUUAUUUGUCCCCCACACUGAGAUACAGAGCAUAAUCUCAGACCUGUUCGUGGCUGACACUCUGACAGAACAAACACCUAACGUUAAAGGACCACCACCACCAGUUGCGAAGAAGCCCAAGAAUCCUUUCAGUAAAGUCGUAGCGACCAAGGCUUCACGUGCUGUAGAAGGGCCUCAACAAUAUUCUGACCUCCUGCUGCAAAACAUCAAAAUGGGCAGAAGAGAAGCAGCAUUAGAAUCCGUCACUAAGGACUUUCACACGUUCCCACCAGGUCUCCACAUGUUGUCCUUCUGCCCAGACAUACCAGAAGCCUCGUCCUCCAUGUGUGUGUCAGAAGAUUAUGAUCUGGAAGCAGAUGUUCCCAGAAGUUGUCCGGAUUUGCACGGUGAACGAAUCAUGCCUGAUAUGGACCUCUGGACACAAACUGCUGACUUUCAUCCUGAAAAAGAACCAGGAAGACUGGACAUAUCUCAGGUGAGACACAUAUUAGAAAAAAAGGCAAAAAUAAAGGGUCCUCCCCCGCCAGUACCAAAGAAACCUCCAAAUCCAUUUGUUCCCACAAUGACAGAGAAGGCUGUGCCAACCACAGACACAAGUGAGAAAUGUGAUUAUGAACCAUACUUGACCAGAAUUAUGGAUGAAGAGGAACUCAAACUGACCUCAAUCACAAACAGAGACACUUACAGCAGUCUAAACAGUGACUCUUGCACUUUAGAUGAAAAUGACUUAACCAGAUUCAGACCUGUCUCUGAACUCAUUAAGGAAACCAACCAGAUGCAGGAGAAAAGGAUACACAGAGGCAACAAAGCAAAUGUAACGGAAUACAAAGCUAACCAUGGAAACCAGAGUGAUAAAGUAAUGAACAUGAAGAAAACCUUUGAUGUUACAAAACCUGAUCCAUCUCGUAUGGAAAGGAGGCUGUCACCAAAGAAAGACAUGAUUAGGCGAGUGGUUCGGCAGAGUAAGUUCCGCCAUGUGUUCGGCCAGGCGGUGAAGAACGACCAAUGCUAUGAUGACAUCAGGGUGUCGCGGGUCACCUGGGACAGCGCCUUCUGUGCCGUCAACCCCAAGUUCGUCGCCAUCAUCAUCGAGGCCAGUGGGGGUGGAGCUUUUCUCGUUCUCCCCCUACAGAAGACUGGGCGUAUUGACAAAGCCUACCCUACUGUGUGCGGCCACACUGGCCCUGUGCUGGACAUCGACUGGUGUCCACACAACGACCACGUCAUCGCUAGCGGUUCUGAAGACUGCACUGUAAUGGUCUGGCAGAUUCCUGAGAACGGGCUUGUCGCAGCUCUCUCUGAGCCCGUUGUGGUGCUAGAGGGGCACUCGAAGCGGGUGGGCAUCGUCACGUGGCACCCCACAGCCCGCAACGUCCUCCUGAGUGCAGGUUGUGAUAAUGUUAUAAUCAUCUGGAAUGUGGGCACGGGUGAAGCGCUCAUCACCCUGGAUGACAUCCACCCGGACGUCAUCUACAGUGCCUGCUGGAACCGCAAUGGUACCCUCAUCUGCACAGCCUGCAAGGACAAGAAGGUCCGCGUCAUUGACCCACGCAAGGACAAGGUCAUCGCUGAGAAAGACAAGGCCCACGAAGGAGCACGACCCAUGAGGGCCAUCUUCCUUGCCAAUGGCAACAUCUUCACCACGGGUUUCAGCCGCAUGAGCGAGAGGCAGUUGGCUCUGUGGAACCCGAAGAACAUGGAUGACCCGAUCUCUGUGCACGAGAUGGACACCAGUAAUGGCGUGCUGCUUCCUUUCUAUGACCCUGACACUAAUAUAGUCUACCUAUGUGGAAAGGGCGACAGCAGUAUUCGCUACUUUGAGAUCACGGAUGAAGCCCCAUAUGUCCAUUACCUCAACACCUUCUCCAGCAAAGAACCACAGAGGGGAGUGGGCUACAUGCCCAAACAGGGCCUAGAUGUCAAUAAGUGUGAGAUAGCAAGGUUUUAUAAACUUCAUGAGAGGAAGUGUGAGCCAAUUAUCAUGACUGUUCCAAGAAAGUCGGAUUUAUUCCAGGAUGACCUGUACCCGGACACGGCUGGUCCGGACUGUGCCCUAGAAGCAGAGGAGUGGUUUGAAGGCAAGAACGGUGAACCCAUCCUGAUCUCACUCAAACAUGGUUAUGUCCCUGGCAAGAACCGCGACCUCAAAGUAGUCAAGAAGAAUGUUCUGGACCACAAGGUGCCACAGAAAGUGGAGGAGACAUCAGCUCCCCAGAAACCAGCUUCUCCUCAGUUCACUAGAAAGAAUGAAAUCAAGCUGGAGGAGCUACUUCGAGAAGUCAAAUCCCUCAGAGACCUGGUGACCCUUCAGGAUAGGCGAAUCGCCAAACUCGAAGAGCAGGUGGCCAAAGUGGCGAUCUGAGACCAUGCAGGGACUCGGGUCGCCAUGUCAGUACAGAGGAAAAGAUUCCAGCUGGGCAGGGGGCCAGUAACUGCCAGAAAUUCAUAAUUCGACUCGACCAUUCCGCUUGGUGUUUCUCGCAAAGAUGACUUCAAGCAACAUUCCAAGAUGGACUGCUGCUUUCCCCUAUCUUUCCCCACCAUGCAUUCGCUAGCGAAAGCAGAUAAAAAUUGCCAUAUUCGCUUUGUCUUGUGUGUUACCUUUUGAUUGGUUGGGCUGAUGGACGUUGAUUUUAUCUGAUAACUAUUUUAGAUUUUUGCUAAUGUUUUUUCUUACAUUUUUGUUGUUGUAAAGUUGUGACGUUUGAAUUUACACACCAACUGCCAAGGUACCCGAUGGCAGUGUUUGUAUGCGUCAGUAUUGCUCUUUGUGCUGCCAAAAGUGAGGUGACCCGUGCACCUCAUCACUCUGUUCUCUGGCUCUUCUUUCCUCAUUUCCAUUGGCUGUAGAUAGAAUAGCAGACAGACACAUGAACUUUACACUUUUUACUAUCUUUUUAAGCUUGCACAAUGGGAAGGUUUGGGCCAGUUUUAUGUACAUCUUGGCUGGGUGGAGGUUAUGGGUUCUGUUACCAGAGUCCAUUGACACAAAGGGAUCUCUGGCAAAAAGGAUUUGUUUCAGAAAAGGAGCAUGAACCGAGGAUAGAAAGAAACUACCUGGCACAAAAUAGACAGGCCUCUGGUGAAAGCAGUAUCGAAGAGCAUAGUAGUGGUGCCUAAUCAGUAAUCCCCCUUGUGGCUACAAGGAGAAUUGCAGUAACAUACACAAACUGCUACUCAUUCACUCCCUCUGCACACUCAAGUAAUACAGACAGUGGGUCCUUAUUUCACACUCAACAGAAACAGGGUUUAGCAACAGGGUUUACUUGCUACGACAAAUGCAGUACAGUUAGGGGAUUUUGAUAUCUUUGUCAAGCUCUCCAAUAGCAAUAAAAGUAACAGGGUGUGAGGGGAAGCUUCCGGUUUUACUGCUGCUCUGAACCAGUUGGUUGGACAAGCUCUUCUCAGCCAUAAAUUAAAUAUGUUAUAAUAUUAAAAUUAAGUCAUGACUUUAUUUCCUUUACAGAAAACAAAAGCCUCGUACAGCUUUUGGGCCAGAUAUUACUGCCUGUUAGAUCCCAAAAGCACAAGCCACUAAUUACACUAAUUACAAAAUGUUUUUUUUUCCUCCCAGAUAACAACUUAUCCACUUGUGCAGAGAGUGGUAUAGCUGCUUCAUUUAUUUAAAACACAUGUUUUAAAAGCCUGCCGAUAUGUCCAUGUGAUCAACCUCUGGCGCUUUCGCACCAUCCUAGUCACAACGUAGGGAAAUCGCCCGAUUUUUUGAAUCUGCUCUCCGCCGAGCUGACGUUUGAACUUGGUCCCCAUGACGCGGUGGCUAGCUGCCGGCCCUCACCGCUGUAAAUGAUCUGUAAUCGUAGUGGUUCCUCUUCUUCGUGUAUUAUUGGUUUUAGCCUGGCCUCUCCAGUCUGCAUGGAGAUCGGCCAAAAUGAAUCUGAAACACUUAUGUGUCCUUGUGCAUGCAUUCCAGGUUUCACCUAAACAAACGUCUACCCCACAAUAAACCCUGUCGUUCAGAUUUGGA